AUGGCGAUCAUUCUAAACUCAAAUUCUAUUCAACAAAAUUCAGAAAUUAAUCAUCAAAAUAAUGCCUUUACCUCUACUGAUAGCUCAAUUUUCGAUUCAUAUCCAGAUAAUACGGAAUUAACGAUUUCAGAUGGAGAAACGGUUGAGUAUAUUCCAAGGAAAUAUACAGUUGGGAAGGAGAUUAAGAUUGAAUUUGGUUCAAAAUGGAUUCCAGAGUGUGCUGAUGAGAUUAAACCUUCAUUAGGAAUGGAAUUUGGUUGUAUUGAUGAAGCAUUCAACUUUUAUAGUCAAUAUGCACUAUCAAGUGGUUUUGAACCUAGGAGGUUUUCACAUAGGACCGCUAAAGAUGAUUUUGGUGUUGAAUUUGUAAAAUAUAAGUGGAUUGUUUGUAGUAGGGAAGGUUCCAAACGAAAAAGAAGAAGUGAUUCUAAGCAGAGUAGAAAUAGACCAACUCAAAGGACUAGUUGUGAAGCUUGUAUUCGUAUAGUUUUUAAUGUUGAAGGUAGAUAUUCCAUUUAUCAUUUUGAGGAGAUGCAUAAUCACUUUCUUGUGCAUCCAGAUUUUCGUAAGCAUCUUAAGUCUUGUAGAAGUUUGGAUUAUUCAAAACAAGUCUUUUUGCAUCAUUUGACAGAGGCUAGUAUAGGACCUAGUGUCGGGUAUAGAAUACUAACUAAGAUUCAUGGUGGACAUGAAGCAGUAGGUGCUUCAAAGACUGACUGUCUCUUUUGGGCAGAUGAAGUUUCUAAGUUGAAUUACUAUGCAUUUGGGGAUGUUGUAUCUUUCGAUGCAACUUACCGUACUAACAAGUACGAUAUGGUAUUCAUUCCAUUCACGAGAAUUGAUAAUCACAAAAAGUGUGUUACAUUUGGAGGUGGAAUGCUUGCUAAAGAGGAUAUUUCUUCCUAUAAAUGGCUCCUGGAUGAAUUCAAGAAUGCAUUUCCUCGUGAACCUAAGGUUGUAUUGACAGAUCAAGAUCCAUCAAUGAAAGUGGCUGUUUCUGAUGUUUUUAAAACGGCUAGACAUAGAUUAUGUAUGUGGCAUAUCAUGGAGAAGGUGUCUGUAAAGGUUUCUCACAGUAUUCUUAAGUCUGGAUUAAGAGGUGACCUUUCGAAAAUUGUGUGGACCGAUAAGAUUAAUAAAGAAGAGUUUGACAAACAAUGGCUUCAUGUUCUUACAAAGUAUGAUGCUGAUGAAAAUAAGUGGUUGAAUGACAUGUAUAAGCUUAGGUAUAACUGGAUUCCAGCAUAUUUUCAAGACUGGGAAAUGUCGGGACUUAUGAGGACAUCAUCUAGGUGUGAAAGUGAAAAUCACAUGUUUCAGAAACUGAUGAAUUCGUCUUCCACUUUGAUUGAGUUUUAUACUCAUUUUGAUACUGCUAUGCAAAGUCAAAGAUGGGUUCAAUCUGAAAAUGAUCAAAAAUCGAUGUAUACCACUCUUGAUCUGGCAACUGAAUAUGCAUUGGAAAGACACGCUCAUACGUUGUUUACGCACGAUGUUAUUUUGGAUAUCCAGAAAGAAAUGUGUGAGGCCUUCAAACAUUGCCUUUGUUUCAAUGUUUCUUAUUUGACUGAUGGUUCGAAGACUUUUUCAAUAACUGAUACAAGUGUCAAAUCAUAUGAUAUUGAUGACUCUAUUGACAGAGAUGCAAAUCCUAAUAUUUUGAUGAACUUGUUCAUCGUCAUAGCCAGGCAUGUUAUAUCUUCAUUUGUAUAUAAGUUACUAUGCUUUAGAAAUAAUCCUGAUUAG